GAUUUCCUCAGAAAUCUCGUCAUUGGUUUUAUCUUUCUAACCUCGCAUUCCUAGAAUUUACUAUAAAUACCCAUUUCGGUUUUUUUCUUCCUAAUCAGUUGGAAAUCACCAUUGCUCUGUAACUGUAGAUUCUGUUAUAGAAAGCUGUUCUUGGGUGUCUCAGAUUUCGUUGUUUCAGACCCAUUCCUGUGUUUUUCCGAAAUGGGUUUUUCCGCCCUGUCUUGAUAGAACCAUUACUGUGUUUUCCUCCCUUUUUUUUUAUAUCUGAGAGAGAGAGAGAGAGAGAGAGAGAGAGAGAGAGAGAUGAAGGUUUUGUGGAUAUGUGUGUUUUUUGGGUUUCUUAUGAGGAGAUGGGUUGAUGGUUUUGUUACAUUUGAAGAGUUUAACUUGAGUGAGAUUCUAUCAGCGUCCGCCUUUGAGGCGGCUGCCAACAGGCCUGUGAUGGUGGGCCUGUCUUAUGUUAAAGGAGCUGAUGAACUCGGAGCUGUCUGUUUGGAUGGAACACCGUCUGCUUACCACUUAGAUAGGGGGUUUGGGUCAGGAAUGGACAGUUGGCUCGUUCAUUUGGAGGGAGGAGGCUGGUGUAGUGACAUUAAAAGUUGUGUUGGUCGCAAGAAGAAUCAUCUUGGUUCUUCAAAUCAAAUGGAGAGGGUGCUACGAUUUACUGGAAUUUUGAGCAAUAAAGCUGAAGAAAAUCCCGAUUUUUACAAUUGGAAUAGAGUCAAGGUUCGCUACUGUGAUGGUGCAUCCUUCAGCGGCGAAGGUGUAAAUGAGGAAGAAAACCUUUUUUUCCGUGGACAGCGCAUUUGGUCAGCUGUCAUGGAGGAACUACUGUCAUUGGGAAUGAGUUUUGCCAAGCAGGCUCUUCUUUCUGGGUGCUCUGCUGGGGGUUUGGCAUCUAUUAUUCACUGUGACCAGUUCCGGGAAUUAUUCCCACCAACUAUUAAAGUCAAGUGCCUUAGUGAUGGUGGAUUAUUCCUUGAUGUGAAGGACAUAUCUGGCAAACGCACCCUAAAAUCUAUUUAUGAUGGGGUCAUAAGCUUACAGGGGGUGGAAUCCAACUUGCCAGAACCUUGUACCUCCCGCUUGAGUCCCGAUAUGUGCUUCUUCCCAGAGAAUUUGGUGAAUGAAGUUGACACCCCACUUUUUCUUUUGAAUGCGGCAUACGACGCAUGGCAGGUUCAGGCUAGUUUAGCACCACUGUCAGCUGACCUUGAUGGUGAUUGGAGUGCAUGUAAAUUAGACCAUGCAAAGUGCAAUGCAACCCAACUUGCAUUUCUUGAAGACUUCAGGAGUCAAAUGCUCCAUCACCUCGAUAUGUUUUCAACAUACAACAAAAAUGGUUUUUUUAUAAAUUCGUGUUUUGCACACUGCCAGUCAGAGAGGCAGGAUACUUGGUUCGCAAAUGAUUCUCCUCAAAAUGGAAACAAGAGGAUCGCCGAAGCUGUUGCGGAUUGGUACUUCGACCGAUCUGAAGUUAUGGAGGUUGACUGUCCAUACCCUUGCGGCCAAACCUGUCACAAUCUAGUCUUCCAGAGACUGAUAAGUCAAUAGAGAUCUCGUACAAAACUGCUCAAACAAAUGAGGCUUGUGGAGAAGGUGGAUGAAAACCCAGAAAGGUCCUCACUUGCCAGUGCAACCGAAACAUGUAAUAAAUGCCUAAAGAAAUCUGUGUUAUUUGCUAUUAUGUUUGUCAUGGAGAUUCAAAUUGCAAACUUCAUGAAUUAUUCUAAAAUACAGUUUAAUUGAAUUCCUGCUUGUGAA